AUGGCGGAUCCUUUGAGUAUCACUGCCUCGGUUCUUGGCGUCGUGACAGCCGCCAUCGCGACGACAAGAUCCUUGAAGGAGACUGUCCAGCGCUUCAGGGACCGUGACAGGACUCUGCGGAGACUCGUGGAGCAGCUCAUUGAUCUCAUCGGCGUACUGGACGCGCUGAAGGAGGUAGCGCAUGUUGAAGCGUCAAUGCUGGCACUUCUGGAAGGGCCCGUUGAUCGCUGCGGUCAACUGUGUCAUGAGUUCCAAGUGGCGAUGGAAGAAUUCGACGGAAAAUCAAAGAUUGGAUUUCGAGACUGGACGAAGAUGGAGUUUAUGAAGGGUGACAUUAACGAAUUCAUGGACACUCUUUCUGGGUACAAGUCGACGAUUUCCGUUGGCCUAGGCACGCUUACAUUGCAAAUGUCCAAAGCCAGCCAUGACGUACUGGAGCGCUACAGCGAGAUGGUGCAGAAUACCUCAUACGAUCUCAAAAUCCAUCUGCAGCGCAUUGACGAAAAGAUGGCGCUGUUGACGUCUGAGAUUCCCAACACAUCUGACAUUGACCUUGAAGACGAGCGAGCAGUGACUUCGCACUGCAUUCGCAUAUGCGAGGAUGCUCAGUCGUAUCUCGACUCUUUGAUUGAGCGGGAGCGCCAGGCCCAGGUGCAAACGCCGCCACCGGAUCUCGCGGCGACUGAGUCGCCUUAUCUCGAAGUGCGCCGCGAGACACACAAGAUCCUCGGCGAGAACCGAGAUAGCAUCGCCGAACACAUCGGUCGUCUCCGAGAGCGCCUAGAACGGCUGGCGUUGGAUGGGAACUCUGGCGGCGAGCUGGGGAGGAAUCAAUUAGAACAGGACAUCAGGGCUUCGGUUCAAUGUCUAGAGGUCUGCAAACUUGCCUCUGGUGAGGUGUCCCGUCAGAGGAUACACACCAUUGGCGAGGUCAUCGCCGAUGGGGAUAGCGAUCAAGUUGUCGUCACAACGUGGGCAGACGUUUUCGACGUCAAAAAGGCGCUAUCAAAGGGCAGGUCGGCGCAGUUGAUCGGUUCGAUGACGGACGAAUCGCUCCGCCAAAUGUCGCAAGACCGAUAUCGAAGUCGUUUCGGCUCGUCGGCUCGGACUUAA